AAACCCAACUCACAGCAUAGAAGCAAGUGCAACCACAGUGGUUUGAGCAGGAAAAGCCUUCUCAGGGGGGCUAGUGAAGGACUGGUGGGGGAAAGGAGGUGGUUCUCUCCCACCAAAAAACUUACUGCCACUCAAUUUUACCACUUAAGAGUCAGGCCCCCCAUGACAACCCAAAAAAGGAAAAGAAGAACUGACAGCUGAAUGACAACUUACAAACCCAGUGAAAGAGCCACUUUCUGCUGAGCCUUGACACAGAAGCCACAGCGAUGAAGCUCCACACCGCAGCAAUCCUGCUCCUCUUCUGGCUCGGCAUCUUCACUGUGCACACAGUCAAAGGGACUACUAGUGGUGUGUCCAUGCGCAAAUUCAGAUGUGUGAAUCUGUCUACAAAGCAAUUGAACAUCCAAAAUCUCGUGAGCUAUGAAAGGCAACAAGUACCAAUAGAUGCUGUCAUGUUUACCACUGCAAGAGGUACCAGGAUCUGUGUAAGCCCUGAUCAGAAAUGGGUGCAGACUGCUAUAAAGAGAAUAGAUAAAAGACGUGCUGCCAAACACAAAUAAUCCUGUCCUAGGAAAGCAUCUAGGACCAACUAGCUGGAAUAAUCAUCAGUACUGCAAGUAACAAGUAAAAGCUUAUUAUCUGCUUUUAUUUCCUUGCUUUUGAUAAAUGGCAACAAACUCUCUGAACAAACUCACCUCCCACAGAGCUGGAAGAGUUAGGCCUCCAUCCUGAUGGAGCUCAGAGCAUUCUGCAUUGAGUGCUGGUUUUAAGAAGAUGCUGUAUAAUUUAGUUAUUCACCCUCAUCUAAGACAAACCUGAAACAACAGGUUUGCUCUUUCCAUUACUUUUCUCUGGAUUAAGAACAAGCUAUGUCUGGAAUCUGUAUUUCACAAACUCAUAGGAAUUCCCUGCCCUAGAGAACUAUGUACAGAGAAAUGUCUUAUUGUCUUGAAACUGAUACAUGCUACUAACAGAAGGCUUUGAAUUUUAAUAAAGUUUCUAGAAACCUGAAUCAAA